CUGCCCCCGCCCCCGCGACAUGUUCUCCAAACCCCUUCGCUACUUGGCACUCUUAUUUUUGCUCCUCCUGCCGGCCCUCGCCCACGCCGCCUUCACCCGUCCUAAGAUCAUGAUCGCCCCGCCGACGCAGAUGCCCAACUUCGUCCUUCAGCAGCCGGACCACACCAACCUCCGGUACUAUGUUGUCGAUCCCCCCGCCGAUGAGCAGCCCAAGGGCGUCAUGCUCUUCAUCCACGGCCUCGGUGAGUAUGCCCUGCGCCAUGAGCCGCUCAUUCGCCAGAUCGCCGAGGCGGCCCACGUGCGCGUCGUUAGCUUCGAUCUGCGUGGCCAUGGCUACACCCAGCAGUCCAACCUCGGCGUCGUCUAUGGGAAGUUCCCUCGCGGCCUGGUGUCCGACGUGACGACCUCCCCCCGCGCGCCGCCCAUGAGGCUGGGCGAUGUUGGCAGCUUUGCCACCCUGAUGGAGGACUGCACGGCCGUCCUGGCGGCUGGCAUGCGUGGCCUCCCUGCCGACUUGCCGACCAUGGUGUUCGGCCACAGCCUUGGCGGCUUAAUUGCGCUGGUUUUCUCCACGUAUGCCCCGCCUGCGCACCUGCGCGCCACCAUUGCCAGUGCCCCGGCUCUGGACUCGCCGUCACGCCCGAUGGCCCCCACCAUUUAUGCGGCCAAGGCGCUGCGCUUUUUCGGCCUCGACUCUAUCGCCAUCGACAAUGGCCUCGAAUCGUCCGGCCUCUCGCGCGACCCUGCCGUUGCCGCGUCCUACGAGCAAGACCCGAUGGUCCACUCGUAUGUGUCCCUGCGCACCGGGCUCUUCAUCUUCGAGGAGGGUGACCGGCUGCUCCUGAAUGCCGAUCACCAGGCCCGCCUUGCUGAGCCGGCCCAGGAUCCCAUCUUUGAUGUGGCCAAGUCCCGGCUGUUCAUCCUCCAUGGCGAUGGGGAUGCAAUUACCUCACAGCCGGCGUCCCUGCGCUUUGUUUCCGCCCUUUCGGCCGUGGCUCGAGGGACCCCGCGCGAGCCCGGCGCCCCUCCCGUGGCAUCUCUGGACCUGGACCCGGCCGGCACGGCCAGCCUGCCGGCCUACCUGCAGCCGCACGAGGACCUCAUCUUCUCCGGGGCCAGCCCAUCCGCCAUCCCCGGGUCGGGCACCUUCUCACCGGACGCCGAGGCCAUUCUGGCCACCUACCGCGGCGCCUACCACGAGCUGAGCCAGGACCUCAUCAAGGAGGACUUCAUCUCCCGCGUGGUUGCCUACACCAUGAGCGUCAUUUAGGAGGGCGGAAAUCGCCGCCCCCCACUGUGGGCCUCUUUCUUUUGCUCGUUCUCCCCCCCCCCCGCC